UUGUAGGGAGUCCCUUACUAGUUUUACCCUCCCUCCCCUCCCCUAGGUAUAUCUGACUAGUUACUAUUCUCCCGCUUAGUAACGCCGAAAGCAAAGUUGUCUGUGGAGAAGAAGGUUUGCUCCUUUCACGUACUUUUGAUCUUCGAUGUCACUGCAAAAUGUUGAAAAGGCGAUCUCAGUCGACAGAUAUAACACCUUUGGUUAACAGUGCAGUCGAGAAACUGCAGGAACUUGGUAUGGAAUGAAUGAUUGCUGCUAUAGAUCCAAAAUUAAUUGUCCAGCUCUUCUACAUUUAUAACUUAAUUUGUCUUCUAGUUCUAUUAAUUUUUUGUGAUUGAUGUAAAUAUUUAUGUUCCUAGGGCAUAAUGUCAAGACAAGCAAACAGAGUGUUGAACCAGUGGAUACCUCUGGCUUGGAUAUUGUCAUUAAAGCCCUCAAAGACUUGGUAAACUUUAAAGUGUUGUCGAAUUAUAGGUAGAACUACAAUCAUAGCUUGUCCUGAAGCUAAGGGUGUUGGGGAGGCUACUACUUUCUACUUCUUUCUCUUCUUCUUUCCCUGGCCCCGUUGUUCUGUUAUAUCUCAACACUAAAUAGAGGGGAUCGGGAAGUGUUAAGCAAAUUUAGGCAAAAGGAUCUCUUUUGGUUAACUGCAUGGAGUAAAGCAGUCAUGCUGUUAAGUUGUACGUUGAAAGUAGAUGGUGAACAUGCAGGCUCUGUAGCUAGUUUCACGUUACCCUCGAGUCGUGAGAGAUUCCUUGUAGGCUGUGGGUCAGGUUGUUCCCUUGUGACAGAGCAGUACGAGACCCGGGGGUACUUUAGGAAUUUCUGGGUGGGGAUGUGCCGCUGGGACCCUGAAACCCUUAACCUAUACCAGAGCAAGUUCAGCUGAAUUUUGCUACCCUAUACUAGAUUGAACUCCCCAAAUCCCCCUAUCCAACUGAUCAGUUUCCCGAAAAAUGAUACCCUAUUCUAGACCCAAACGCUCUGAUUUAUAUACCCUAUCCUAGAGUAAACUGCUUGAAAACCAUACCCUUCACAGUGGCACAUACCUAUAUAGCCCAUAUAUGGCAGUAACCCCCCCUGGGUACUAGACUGGAUUAUGGUAUUUUUUGUUGAUGCCAUCUUCUCCAGAUGGAUCCUAAGAAUUUGGCUUGUUUCUUUUUUAAUUGUUCUCACUUCCACAUUCUGUAGAAAAAAUAAUACCAUUCUAGACCUGUCAAAGUGGAUAGAAGUUUCAUGCACAACUAGGUUGAAGGGGCAGGGAUGCGGGAACUAAAGUACUCCGGUGAAACUAUACCUAAAAUUCCUGAACAUCUCUGGGCUGACUUGUCCUCAGUUGUCUCUCCCUUAUCUCUACACAAGGGAUUAGUGCCUAGGAGGUGCCAACAUGCAAAGAAUGUCAUGCUAGCUGGUAGGUCAGGACUAAUGGAGGUUCGGAUUACUCUAGUGAAUUCUCUUCUUAAUUUGCUCAAGGGACAAGUGAACUUUUGUAGGGGAAUUCAAAUUGUAGAUUAAAGGACCUUAAGAGAAAUUCAAACUUCAUGCCAAUUUAAGGCUGUUUUUUCAAGGUAACCUGAUGAAGCAAAACAAUUAUUAUUACAGUUUUAUUACAAUGAAUAAACAAUAAAGCAAAUGAUUAUUAAUAGCUAAUGGUGUUAAAAUAAGUUUAUAAAUUAAUAAUAAUAAAUUAAUUAUUGGUCCUGCUCAUCAAAUUUUUUGGGGAGGGUGGGUGGGGGAACUAGCUUGAGUGACUUUUGGGCUAGUACAUGCUAGGUACAGCUUGCCCUUCAUCUGUAAAACUGACCCUAUGCACCAGCUGGAUGCAUGCAGGAGGGGUGGGGGGGAGGGGGAGAAUUAGAAGGAGGAGGCCUUCAGCUUUCUUCCCAUUAUCUUUAUUGACUUCCCGUGCUUGUCUUUUGAAACAACAUAUAAAUCGUAAGAGACAACUCGGAAUGAAGAAGACCCUUGCAAGCACCUUCAGUUCUACAGUUUAGAGGGGCUCACCCUUGCAUCUUUGACAGACAAACAAGGCUGAAAAUAUGGCUAUGACAACUGUCUGAGCUCAGUUUUCACAAAGGAUAACAGUGGCUUUCUCCAAGUUGCAGGAUGUUUAAGUGUCUAUAUUUAAAAAAAUAUAGUAUGGUGUAGGUCAAAAUGAAGUUUAAGUCAAUAUGGUUUCAACCUAGAUCAAUUCUGAAUUUCCUUUGUUUCUUAACCCUGAUUAUUCAUGAACAGGCUAGAAGAGAUGGGAAAUUGAGAAUCAACCUAAAUUAAAGCCAUUGUAACCCUUCAUUUUGACCCAGUGAGGGGAAGCCUGGGAUGUCAUUUUUUUGGCUAAAAAUCUUCAUCGUUUCAGGAAACAGAGAGACUAAAAUUGCAUGAGUUGCUGGAGACAGAAACCAUCACAGCAAGUGUUCUACGCUACAAGUUACAGUAUUUCCCAAGUGAUAUCAAGAGUGAAAUACAAGGUACACUGUUGAUGAGUAUAAUAAUUAAUAAUAUAGUAUAAUAAUUACUUUUAUUUCCUUCUAGUGCUUAUUCAUGCCUUAUUCUGGGAACCAAGUGAAAAGCAAAAUGUUCUUGAGUUAUGGCAGCCUUAUGUGUGACCAUCAAGGAGAAUAUAUUUCUGCAGUAAAAUGGAGCUAGUAAGGUCUUUUUUAGAAGGUUUUUAAUUAGGCAGUUACUUCUGUCAUUACUAAAGCAUUGGUUCCAAAGAUUAAGCCUCUCACAGAUGGUCAGGAUAGUUUUUUAGAUAUUGAAAUGCUGGAAAACCUUGAUUGGGAACAAAGAACUAACAUGGGAAAAUUAUUGAUGAGGUAUUUGCCUGAAAAUAAACAUUCUCACAAACACAAAUCUCAAAGGCUUUAUUAUGAUUACUCUUUAGCUGCUGUUUACUCAGCAAGACAAUCAAAUGAAGCAGAAAUCAAGAGAUUAAAAGUAAGUACAUGAAAAAUAGAAGUUGAAUUUUUCCAGGAGACAUGACUUGUAAAUUAAGCUUUUUUAAAUCUUGUCAUUUACGGAAAUUCGAUCUUGUUACCAAUUAUUGCAAAAGGCCAGUUGUUUUCUUGUAGGAACCAAACUAGCUGCUUGUUUAAAUAUUGUCAGGGUUUAUUCUAGAGCACGGCCUUGCGGGAUUUCCACAAUUUGGAAAAAAAUGCCACAUAAGAUUUGCGUUUGUGCGUCAAAUGGUGCACCAAAAAAUAGACCCAAGGAUAAGUACUAUUUUUUUUGAAAUAAAGAAUUCAAAAGCAUCACUGACAACAACACUGAUUUGAUGGCUGCUCUAUAAACUUACUUUGAACGUUUAUAGCCUCAUACUCUUUCAGUUGCCUUUCUCUCCUUCAUUUGAGUCAUUAUUUCACCAGACAAAUGUCCGGGAUUCUGCAGUAAUUCAAGCCCAGGCUUUUUCAGUUGCCCAGAAUGUUCCAAAAUGGCGGCAAAGGGUCAAUAAAUGUUUGUUUUCUCAUGGAACAGUCUGUACCAGUACCUUUUGGGGGGACCCUCUCUUGGACCCCCUUAAUUAUGAAAAAGGGCCCCCUAAAAUUACAGAAGGGGGCCCAUUUGACCCUCAUUGGCUAAUUUCUAGAAUAAACCCUUUAUUAUUACGAACUAAAAAUUCCUUCAAAAUCCAAACUUGGUAUUGCACAGCAAAGAGAAAUUACUGUAAAAUUCCAAAAAUAAGCUCCUCCAUGUAUAAGCCCCUCCAAAAAUAUAAGCCCCCCUAACUGGUAAAUGCAAAAAACCCUCAGUUAAAUCGCCCCUCCAAAUAUUAGCCCCCAUGGCCAGGGGCUUGUACUUGGAAAAUUGCCCUAAAAUACAAAGUAAAACAAAGCAAAAACUUCCAACAAUAAGACUAGCCCAAUCGAUUUUGAAACGCAAGUUUCCCUCUGUAGAUAAUCCCCUCCAAAAAUAAGCCCCUCAAAAGGGCCUUUGAAAAUGAAAGCCCCGGGGCUUAUUUUCGGAAUUUUAAGAUAGGUUGACCAUUAUUUUUGUUGCUGGGGUGUUUUAGACACAACUGAACACAAUCAUCAAGAACAUUAAGUCCUUGGAGGAGAGGCAUCAAGACCUUGCAAAAGAAAAUGCGAAACUGGAGUAAGUUACCACUAACUGUACGUCGUAAUAAAAAAUACCGGGUCAACUUGCUCUGUAAAAGAGAGGUCAAUGGGACUCUUCUUUUCAGUGAGAUGUAAUUUUUAAAUUUAAUUCAAGUCAAAAUCUUUUAGCCUUCAUUUGAAGGUCAACUUAGUUAGGGCUAGGAGAGAAAGGUAUUAAAUCGAGAAUCAAUCCAGGUAAAAAGGUUUAACCUAAAUUUGACUUUAAUUAGUCAUGUGCACUUUGUAAAAAGUGUCUGUAAGUGAGGAUCGGUUGGGAGGGUUACCAAACUAUAAAAUGACAACAGAUGUUAGAAAAUAAAAGGACAGGUGUCAUCACAAAACUUGAUAAAAAGUGCUAGUGUGGAAAUCAGACAAAAUUUAUGUAUUAAAUCAGUUUGAUAUAUCCGUGUUGCGGAAUUUUCUUUUUAGGCCUGAACGGAAUGAUAUGCAAACAGGGCAUGAUGAAAUUAUUGCGCUUCUCAAUCAAAAGAUGGCUGACAAGGCAAGGUAGGGGGUUUACAAUAUAAAAUGUUCAAAAUCCACUGAGCAAGAAAAAAGAUUCACAGUCACCCAUGCAGGUUCUUAAUAGUUUUCGUCUGAUUUUUAAGGCUAGUGUCUUGUUUUAUCAACUUGCCGUCAGACAUUAAGCUCCAAUGUCUUCUUGAGGCUGGACUUACAAUCUUGGACAGAAUAAAAUGGAACAGCAAACCCCCAUCCACCCCCACACCCCCUCCCCCCCCAAAAAAAAUCAUUUCCCAUCUUUGAUUUGGGGGAGAGGGGAGGUCUUGGUUUGCCAUUUAUUUUGUCCAAGAUUGUAGCCUGAUAUUUUAAUAUCAGCUUAGAAGGGGUCUUGUUUUCUACAGUAGCUGCAAACGUGUUGCAAGUUUCACAGUUUAAUUGAUCAUUACCUUUGUUCACUCACAUAUCACAGGGGGAGGGGAGGGGAAGACCUGUUAUACUGUCUCAUUACUCUUUAUAGUACACUUGCACUUCUACAAGAAUCACUUCACUUAUCCUCCAUGAAAACCCUUAAUCAACCCACCUAACACAUCAUUACUGCCAGUACUAACAAACAAUUCUCUAUUACUACACUUUUACUUACUUCACUGUGAAGCAUUUUCUCCUGUAUCUGACUUCUUGUACUGUACACUGUAUACAUGUCCUCUCUAGCCUUUGUCAGCUUUCAAUGCAAUAUAGUACCCUCCUAUUAAAGAAGACUAUAGGUGCUUACCAUGAACAUUUACCAAAUGAAUUAAAUUUAAAGUUACAAUUGGGAUAAGUAUGAUAUACCCGCAACAUGGUAUAUCCAAAUCAGCUGGAAAGAUAAAAAAGAGUAGGAAACUUGUUAUCUCAUGCGUCAAAUCACACCCCAUAUUUUAUGAAACUUUGGGAUGGUGCUAAUCCACUCUUGGGAAAGAUUUUUUACUCGAUAUUUAUUCCUUAUUUCAUCUUUUUUCUUAUCUAUCCAGCAAGCAAAUAACUCUUAAUGAGACUCGUGACAAACUCAGAGAGACGUACAAACGGGUAAGAUAAUUACAGGACUGAAAAAUAAUCAUGAUUUAAAAACAAAAAGUAUCAUUUUAAAUUGUGUUUUUUUAAGUCAGUUUUUGUGUGAGAAUUAAAUGAAAAGUAGCUUGUGGUGCCUACUUUUAUACCACCAAGCUAUGACUGGAUCUUUCGUCUUAUUUCCUAUGAAUAAAUAAAUAAAAUAAUAUUGUCUUGAAUGGACAUCCAAACUCAGCAGCAAUAAAAAUUACUGUAGGACUUUCUUCCUUAAUUUUGACGACUCAUAAAAUUGGAUAAAAGAAUGAACUUCAAAUUUCAUCAACACAGAUAAUUGAGCUGGAAGACUCUAUUGUUCAACUGAAAGAAGAUUUGGUUCAUGAACGAGAGGAAGCACAGCUGGAGAAAGAGAAGCUGACACAGUCUGUGGUAAGAAUUUGUCAGGACCAUGUUUAUACCUGCCAACUCUCACGCCUGCGGGUUGAAAACUUCGAUCUCACACCCGCUCACACCUGCGGACCAAUUUCUCACGCCUGAUUGAAAAAUGUGAGUUGUUGUCGUCUUGCUGGACACAAUUUCCAAAAAUAUGUUAACUCAGACCCAUGUAACAAACGAAAACCAUGUGUAAAAUGAAUAAAUGACAAUACCUUCCUCGCGAUCUCUGAUUUUGUGGAUAAGCGUUUUCUCGAUAACUUCGCCUUCGGCAGACUUCGGAUGUCUUCAGAAGACUUCGGACUUCUUCGGGAAUCUUCGGAAAUGAUCGUGUCGUUUUCAAAAAUCCCAGCACUCCCGGGAUAAAAAUCUCACGCCCACAUCUCAGAAAAAGUUGGCAGGUAUACAUGUUUCAUGUAUACUUGGAUGUACGAUUUAUUUCGUGAGCCAUGGUGAUUACAUGACUUGUAUAAAGUUCAUGGCCAUCCCUUAGAAGACCCGUCCUUCCACCCAUAGAUAAAGACCUUAUUUAGCCUGUGUCAAAAUGCUGCCCCCCCUUUACUAAGCCCGCCAAAAUUUACCUGACUCCAAAACCCUUAAUGCCACUAUCUUUAUUGAGACGUUUUGUCGAAGUUGUUGUACAUGGUUUCAAGUUUGUCAAACCAGUCUAAUCGUAUUUUUAUUUAUGAUACAUUUUGCCAUAAUCUGAGACAAAUGAAAACAAACAAUAGACUGGUAUGAAAAUUUUAAUGGCAAGAAAAAUUGAACAACAACAAUACAUAAUGAUAGAUGCCCACAUGCAUGAAUGUAAGUGUUAACAACAUUUUUCUCGGCUUCAGUGUACAGAAAUAUUUUGGUUUUUUUUAGGCUGAUACCCAGAAAAAAGCUGAGGAGCAGAGGAAGACAAACAUAGAAAAGAGAAAGUAAUUAUACCUCUAGAUAAUUAUAUUACACAUACAUAGAUCAAAUUUAAAAUGAUAAGGAAAAUUUGCUGGGGGAUUACAGGGUAUUUCUGCUUCGAUAUUUUUUAAUGUAUCGACUAAAAUUGUAUAAAAAUUAUUUACUGUCAGUGUACAUGUACUUAGCAUUGAGUAGCUAUUGUAAGCUCAUAACAGAACAAUGCAGAAUAACAUGAACCAAACAUUAAGAAACUACCAAGUGAUUGGAUGCUGACCAAAGUCCCAAGGGAGGAGGAGUUGACUGUACUUGUAUUGUGCCUGCAAAAGUCCUCAAUUGGCACAUCUAGUUAUCUUCGAAUAGCCUGUGACUUUCUCCUCACCACACCUGUUUCUAAGCCGAGAAACUACUCCCCACUGAGGGAACUCGCUUAGGAGCUGAAUUGGUGACGAAAUUAGUUGAAACACUUCGUCGUAAAGGGGCUUUCUGAUGUUUUACUGACUUCUUAAAGGGAAAAUAAAGUUUUUCCUGACUCUCCCAUCCCCUCCAUGCAAUGUUGUGCUGCUGUUCUAUCUUCCUAUAGAAAACAAUAAACACCCCAUUUUGGAGAGUAGAGGGGAGGGGUGUGGAUAUGAUUCUUUUGUUCUCUGAAGUUACCCUAUUUGAGUACAAGGUCUCAAUAAUUUUGUCACGGAUUGUAGGUUCAGGCUGUUCAACAGAACUUAAGUUGGUCUCAACAUUUGAGUCUCAUUUGUCUGAUCAGCUUAUGUCAAUUACAUUUUAUACUGGAGGUAGAUAGUCAAGUUUUAAAUGCCACCAUCUUGAUGGUGAGAGUGGAAACCCAUGCCUUGUAAAAGUUUUAAGCGGAACUGAAAAAGCUCUUAAGAGCCAAAUAUUUUAGUUUGUAACAUUUUCAUUUUAGUCUUUUAGUCGUUAGCCUUUGUAUUUUCAUGAUAGUUAAAUCUUUUAGUCUGACUGUAAUAUUUUUUCACUUAGCCUUUUUAGGGUUUAAACUUUUUCACCUUUAGCAUUUUAUAUUUGAUUGUAAUCAGUAGUUUUAAUAUUGUUUAAUCUUAGUCAGAGGACUUCCCUGAAAACCACUUAAUAUGAUGGGAGCUUCCUCUAUAAAGAUUAUUUAUUAUUAUUAUUAUUAUUGUUGUUGUUGUUGUUUGUGCUUGGGUGCAGGGAAAGUGGAAGGUGGGAUUUUAAGUUGUGUUAUAUACUAUAUUCAUUCCUCACCUGCUUUGAAGUAGAAGGAUGUAGAGAAAUCUAAUAUAUUGUUUUUCUUCUCCAAAUUCUAGUUUAAGUACAUGCUUAUUGGUUAUAUAAAUUUCUAAAUAAUGUGCCAACACUUGUAGCCCAAAACAUCCUUGUAAAACUCUACAGGUGAGAUGUGUUUCUUUCCUGCAGGGAGAUUGAUAAAUUACAAGAAGAGUUGGUUGACAGUGAAUCAAUUUUGGACUCAAAGAGAAAGGUACUGGCACGUACAACCUUUAAGACUUACUAUUUACAUUAGUCAAGUAAUGGUAUAUGUAUUUGCUAAAUUUAAAUGUAUUUUUGAUGUUUGUGAAGAGUUGUGACACUUAUCAUUACUUAACAAUGUUCAUAAAUUAAAAAGGUCAACAUUGUCAUACUCAAAAGAAUGCCACUAACAGUUUUGUUCUAGUGUUAUAUAAUUGUGGCUUUUAUGUGCCAGUAAGUUUUAAAUCCUCUGUAGUAUACAUUCAAGUGAAAUGUUUUUGUUUGAUCAAUUUUACUGACAUGGGGUAUUUGGGACAUUGGUUGGGACAGAAUAAAGUAUUCUCAGUGUUUCUGUUUAUUUCUAGGUUAUAAGAAAGUUUGAAACUUCUCGUAAUAGACUGGAAGCUCAAGAAGUUCAACUAAACAGACAUCUUCUGAAGGAGAUCAAAGAUAAUGCCAAUUUAACACAAGAAGGGUGAGUUGUCAAACUUUUGUAUCCACAUGUAAAGCCCUACAUGUGCAAACGCAUCCAACAUUAGGGAGCUUAAGCAGCGACGUUUUUGAGCGACGCACGUCAACCGGAAGUGAGCAAUAAGCCUUGCUUGACCAACUUAAUUCCCAAAGGGACAUUUGCCCAAAAAUUUGCUCAGAAUGUUCUAUUUCCGUUCUGUCUGUUUGCAAUGUUGGCAACAACUUUUUGAAUGUUACAUGUUCUGUCUGGUUGCACAUUUUGUUGCAUGUUGUUGGGAGUUGUUGCGCAAAGUUUGAAACUGGUCAAACUUUUGAGCCAACAAGUCCUAACAUUUCUUUUGUUCUGUGAUCGCUGAAGCGUAGUACAACAAUGUUGGAUCCAUUUGCACAGCUCUUGCAACAUUGUUGGUGCUAUGCAUGCACAUUACACAUGAUCUCCAAAGUCUUAUGGGUUGUAUCAUUCCCACAAUGCACUGCAGGUUCCAACAUUGUUGGGAGUUAUUUAUUGCAUCUGUUUUCACACCACUACCGACAUUGUUAGCCCAACAAUAUUGGGAGUUGUUGUGUCAGUUUGCACAUAGCUUAACGCUUACUCAAAGAAACAUUAUUCACUAAUGAAUCUAAUGCUAGAACAUGAAUAAGAACACCACGCAAAACUGGGGGGAUCUUAAGCAUACAGCUCCCCAUGGAAAUGGUGGAGCUUCGAACUUUAGGAAGUACUAAUUUUUGAGUCUGGAUGAUAUCCUGUGGUGUGGCAAUUCAAAUGAAACCUCUUUCGCAGUUGCUUCACACGGUGCCAUCCAAACCCACACCAUGGAGAGUCAUAAUAAUUUUCCAGGGAGGAGGGUGUCAAAGGGCAAAAUUAUUUUUAAAAUAAGGAUGAGGCUAAACUGGAAGAUGUAGAGUUCCAUGGAGGGGGGUGACACAUUGAACCAGUAAAGCUGCAUUGUUUGGGGGUGCAUGGAUAUUUUCUAGAGAAGUCACACGGAAAUCUUGAGUUUUGAGGUUGCACACAUAAUGAGCUUAAACUUUUUGCUCAUGUAUUUUGUUGAGUUAUAUAGAUGCAAAGUGCAAAGUUUGAGAAGUUUGAGGUUUGUUUUGUUGAGUCAUAUAGAUGUAUGAAUUUUAAACUAGGAAAGUUCAUUUGAAUUCCAUCAUUUUUAGGAUGAAAAUUGUCAAGGAGCACAAUGAAAUGACUGAGGGAUUGGAGGCCAAAAAGCGGGCACUGUUGGCACAGCUAGAAAUGGUAUGUGUAUUUUUAUUUACUCCAUUCUAUAUAAAAAAAAAUACAUCAGGCUCCAGUUUUUCAAAAGUUGUGUAGCACUAUCCACGGAUAAAUCACUAUCCUGUUCCAGUGGACAAAACAAAAAACUGAUUGCGUUAUGUGCUCGAUAUUUUGUACAAUAUUAAUUAAUAGAAGUUGUUUAGACAAAAAAAAACUACAUGACUUUGUACAUAAGGUCAGCAAGAAAAUUAAGAAUGGAGAAAGGGCACAGUAUAGUAAAACUAAUUAUAACCGUUUAACACAAAACUAUGUCGCUUUAAAAGACGCGGUCAUCAGCAUCACCAUAGUAUGGUAUGAUCAUGAAAUGGUAUGAAGGCUGCAAAAAAUAACGGGAUCAUUUUAUUUGUGCACUGACAUGUAAGCUACGAAAUAAAAUGAUAAAAUAAUUAACACUCAAUAUAAUUUUCAAUCAAAUUAACCAUGUAUAUGUUUCAAGUCAAAUUUGAUUUCAGGUUAAAAUUUUUUAACCUUGGUUGAUUCUUAAUUUCCUUUGUCUUCUAGGGCUACGAGACAUUAGCAAUUGAGAAUCAACCUAGGUUAAAUGACCUGUAUUAAUGUAUAUAAACUAUUUAUGUAUUUAACACACAGUGCAUGCAUUCUCUUUUUUAACAAAAAUGGAAUGAGAUUGUCUUUUUUCACUAGCUACAGACAAAUCUGAAAGAAGCAGAAGAACAAGAAAAACAGCUAAGUUUUGAGAAGAAAUGCCUGCAAAAAGGUUUACAUUGUCUUUUAAUAAAGAUUAUAAUGUCCUAUUUGUCCAUUAGGGAAAAGCAAUAAAUUGGACUUCAGGAUACAACUCCCUACUUCCUGUUACACCUAGCAACAGUUAGAAAAUAUAUGGCUGAGUUUGCAAGCGGGCAAGAUGAAGCGACUCUUUUGUUCUGAUUGGCUACUCAAGAGGGCAAAUUGCGUUAUCUUCCUGGGGAGGGGUGGGGGGAUGUGCUGGGUAUGUGUUGCUGGCCUCUCAGAACCCCUACCCCACCUUAGUCUAUCCUGUGGCCAAAUAUAGAUCCCAUCUUAGUCACUUUUUGGAAAAUGUCAUUUUCACUAUCCCAACCUUGUAACUUUCUUUUUAUGCAUCUAAGUUAUAAAGCCUUUAACUAAGUCAUCCUGAUAUCCAGCAAUGUGGGAAAUCUCAGUCAUCCUGAUUUGUUUUUUCACGUUGGUUAAGUUAAAUUCCCAUUUUUAAAUCCCUACCUACCUGAAUUUUCUGAUCCCCCUUAAUCCCGAAAAUGUGUGAUCCCAUUCCGGUAACUCUAGUGAAAAUAAAGCCCCAUUAUAGUCAAUCCAGUCGUGAAAAUGCAACCCCAUCCGGCAGCGCAUCCCUAUCAGUUGAUGACAAGGAAGUAUCCCCCCCUCCCCAGGUCUAUCUUGCGUGCUAGAGAUUUCCCACAUUGCUGGAUAUUGGCUUUUCGUAUUUGUGUUUUUGUUGACCUCGACUUUUUCUCGGUUGAUAAAAACGCAAAAAAGUACUUGGCUAAUAUCCAAUCAACUUGAUCUGAUGUCCAUAUCUUCAUCAAAGCUAUCCUAGCGACCACUCUCGUAAGCGACCAGCUCUACUUACGGCCACCUUUGUGAAACCCCCGUUUGAACGUUGACUUAAACUUUGUGAUGAAAACCUCCCGUAAGCGAUCGCGACCACUUUUUAGAUUACCCAACUGGACUUUUCCUUUGUUUUUAAGCUCUUGUAAGCGACCAUUCAACUCAUUCGUGCACUAGCAUUUGGACUUGGGGUUAUUUUCGUCUACAAAAUUGGACGUAAAGUUUAGCCUUGUCUAUAUCAGCUCGUUAUACAUUGUCAAAGUUCUUUUGUUUUUGCAUUAUAAAUUAUUAAUGAGUUUCUGCUCAGGCGUCCCAAGCUCACGUUACUAGUGUGUUUGUGGUUUCUAAAGCUUUUGUAAGCGACCACCCUCUAACGUUUCACAAUACGGUCCCUUACUGACAAGAGCUCACUCUUGUAAGCGACCAGCUCUGGUUUUAACCACUUUCUUGAAUUUCCGAGGUGGUCGCUUACGAGAGCUUCAACUGUAGUUGAAAUCCCUAGUCUGAGUUGUGUGGAAUAAACCAGUGACUGCCUGGGGCCCUAGACUGUGUAUGUUGCUUUUCAUCGUGUUUCCAUGCCCUCUGGUUUUGCUUGUUUGUUUGUUUAUUGAUCUGGGAUUGUUUGCUUUGGACAUUCUCUGAUUAAGGGUAUCUCCUUAUUUUCUUAUUUAUAUUUCUAGAUCUAGAGACUGCUAUUGAACUUCAGGAACAAGAUGCUGAGGUUGUUCGACAACAUGAAAGAAAGUAAGCGCCACCCUACUUAUAGGGCUUUUAACAGGUUAAUCCUUUGUUAAAGACCAAAGCAUUUUCCCUUUGUUGAUCAUUUUAUAAACUCUCGUAACUUUUUCUCUUGAUUUUGUAUUGAUAUGAGAAUAUUGAUGUUGGUCACUCUUUGAGUGUAAAGGGUUAUUCAGACCACCAACAUUUCAUAAAAUUGGAACUUUAUUGAGGCCUCAAGGAUUUUAGAAUCAUAUUCAAAAAUUGCAAGGAAGUCUUUGAAUUGGGGCGGGGGAGGGGGUAGGCUUAUGUUUUAUUAGAAAAUGUAGCUAAGAUUUUUCCACAUCUGCGCGUUAAACUAAGACCACUUUUUUUGGUCAAAGUUAAUAUGGCCUUGGCUUCCACCAGUCUUCUGUAGCUCAGUGGUAGAGCAGCUGGGCUAGCUAGUAAUCAGAAGAUCAUAGAGAGUUUUCCGAUUUUUCCUGAGGGGAGAUGGGGAGGGGGAUCUGUACAUGGGCUAUCCUGCUGGGAGCACUUGCAUUUCUGUUUUCAGAUUUGGCAACUCAAAUGUGUCAACCUUGUUUCAGGGAGGAGUUUGACUUUGGUCUUGGGUUGUGAGUCAAGGGCGUGGGUGAAUGAUUUGCUUGAGAAAACAGCCAACAUUUCGCGACCCCACCGCUGGUUUCAGCGUCAAAUGAGUUCUGAGGAACGAGUGCAGGGAUUUCAUACUGAUGACGUGUUGCUAACCAGAUCUGGGUAGUGCCUCUGAUUAGUUGAAGCGGCAGUUGAAGCAAGAUUCCGUCGCGGCACGACCAAUCAGAGUCACUAGUGACACGUCAUCAGUAUGGAAUUUCUGCGCUCGUUCCUCGGACGUCAUUUCGCGUGGAAACUUGUAACCUCCCACGAAGGGUUCGUCACGCGGGGAAAGAACGCGUGCACCUGUGUGGGAGGCUAGGAAACCAGUGGUGUCGUCGUGAAAUGUCGGCUGUUUUCUUAGGCGAGUGAAUGAUGUGAAUUUGCAACGAGUAGCUGCGUUUUCAUAUCAUUUCCAACUGUCUGAAUUCAAUGCAUGCCUCUCCUGUCAUAAAUCUUUAGACUUAAGAGAGCAAAGGAAUCUUUACAUCGUCAGAAUGAACAGUGCGCCCGAAUAAGAUCUGAAAACAUGGAAAUGGAAGAAGAGAUGGGGCAGCUAGAGGAAAUUCAUAAGUAAGAUAAAAACGUUUAUUUUACUGGUCAAAUUGCUUGUUCCUUAGACUAACCAUUAGAAGUGAAUGUUACAAAAUUGACUAGCUCUCACUGCUUCCUAGCUAAUCAGCCGCUUGCACUUUCGUAAGUGUUUCUUUCACUUAUAGGUUUACGAAGCCUGCAGAACUGGCGUUACAAUUCGCCUAAACGGACGUUUCGCCAGGAGGGGAAUUUGUGCCGGCGAAACGUUUCGCCUAAACGGACCUUUCGCCGGGAGGGGAAUUUGUGCAGGCGAAACAUUUCGCCUAAACGGACGUUUCGCCAGGAGGGGAAUUUGUGCAGGCGAAACGUCUCCAAGCGGCGAGGAGCGAGGAGAUCCGGCUGUUUGGAACGCUAACGAUGGGAUUUUUGUAAUUCAUUGAAAAAAAAAUCAUGCACUAGGGAGAAAAAAACAUACAAAGUGAAAAGACAGUCUUGUAAUUUGUGUGUUUUAUUGUUCCCUUUAUUGGUCUUUUAUUUUUUUCAGGGCAACUGUAGAUGUGUUCACUAAAGAAAUCGAGGCUUCUAAAACAUCUUUGUCGUCUGAAAGAAAGGACAGGUGAGUACAGCUUAAAAUAAUCCCCCCUCUCUAAUAAGCCCUCCCCUUCCCGGGCUCCCCUUGUUAUCCUUAACUAAUAAAUGAUAGACUGUAUUAAUCAAUGGCGACUGUAAAAAUUCGUGUGGGCUGAUCCGAGAUGGUUUAUUCACCAACUGGAAGAUCGGAUUUGUGUUGGAUCCUCGACUGCAUGACCUCCAACUUCUUGUACUUGAGCUUUCCCACUUUGUAUUCUAGUUCAUUUAUUGAGUGCUGAUACCGUCUUCUGUGCUAAAUUAAAUAAGCCUCCCGUCUCUAUUAAGCACCCCCCCCCUCAAAUGUGUUUGAAAUUUAAAGCCCCCCCCCUUCAAUAGAGGAUGUACGGUAUACUUGCUGAGUGCCCUACAUUCACAUGUACAGUAGCUCUACGCAAAUCUGUGGUACAUAAAAUUAAAUGUCGAUAUUUCUUUUUCUGUAGGCAAACCUUGCAGACUAAACGUGACAACGUAACAAAGGAAGUAAACGAGUUUAAGAGUGAUUAUGGACGAUACAUGGCAACAAUGUCGAAGAAAGUAACUGAAGGAAAAGCUGAACAUGCGAGACUAACAGAAUAUGUAAGUGUUAAAAGUAAUUCGUUACUAUAGAAACGAGAGGGAGACUGGACCGAGUUAACUUUGGCAAAGACUUCUGGGACUGUAGCUGACCAAUAGCUGACAGGCGCGUCCCUAGUAACGAUCCCAGAAGCAAUUGCGGGACGCAUUUCGGCUCCAGUUCCCUUCUCGAUUCGUAAUUGGCGAGUAGGUCAAACCAAAAAAAUAUCAGAGUGUUCCCUUAGAUGCAGGUUUGGUAAUGCAUCAUGGAAGUUACGCCUGACUGCUUCCUUUUUCUCUAUUUUUCUUUCUUUUUUUCUGUCUUUAAAGUUUGCGCGUGGGACGGUGCCGUUGUUGCGUCCCAUUGCACUGUGGGACUGUUUUGAGUUUUAGCUGAAAGAGGCAGCGUUGGAAACUGAGUCAAAAUUCGUAUCCCAAAACGGUCCCAUUAUGCACUUAAACACAACAUCGACGGCCCAGUCUCAACUUGGUACUUCAUUUCAGUGGCCUUUUUGCAAGUGACUUUGUUUGAUAUCGAUACCACGUAUGACGAGCUUAAAAAUUUCGCGCCACUCUCGUAACCAUCGCAAGUUCGACCAAAACUAAUCAUGAUUUUUUUUGCAUGUAUCAACCCGCGCGCGGCGUGUUUCGUGUGCGCGUUACCUUAAGUCAACCACAAAGCUUAGUGACGUAAAACCAAUGAAAUUAGGAAUUUCAUUUUGACCCUAACAACAACAACAGUUGAUUAUUAAAAUUUUCACAAUACUAAGCCCGCCCGAAAAUGCUGAGGAAUAAACUAAUUUUAAUCUUCCGGGGGAGGGGAAAUGAGUUUGAACACAUAGAGAAAACAGGUUGAGAAGUGCUAUGACUUCAUCUGUAGCAUGGCAGCCUACCUGUCAACCGAAGGCAUUGUCAUAAACACUUAGCAGGGUUCUAUCUACGAUUUAUCGUUUGGUUGAGAAGUCCUGAGUGGCCGAAGGCCACGAGCUUCCUAGGGGGGUUCGCGGGCAUGGCCCCCCGAAAUUAAAAGAAUAUGCGCUGGGAUGCAGUCUGGUGCAUUUUGAGACAAUUUUGAGAAAUGCAAUUGCAAUGUGUGCACUGACCUCGUCACGUCUGGAUGAUUUUUCCGAUAUAGUUACUUAUAUACUGAAAUGAUAACGCUUCUACCCUUCAAAUACCCUAGAUAGAACUCUGCUCAGUGGUUCAUAUAGGCUAACGUUUUUGUUUUUGUGGUGUCUUCAUUGAAGGGAACACAGCUGCAGAAAGACUUGAAAAAAGAUGAACUGGAUAUAAUUGAAAAACAAAAACAGCUGAAGAAAGCUAAACAGGAUUACACAACAUUACAGAAACAGCUCAAGACACAGCUGAAGACUCUUCAAGUAAGUUGUGCGUUAACUAACAGGUGUCAAGAUUUUCCAAACUAUCCUGUUCAUUUUAAUUUUGAUCUGUUUGUACAUUUUUUGAGCUUUUGAUUGGCUAACAGAUUUUGCGCCACUUUUUGUUAAACUCACGAAGUUUUCUUACUUGCCCCUGAAGGUCUCAAAUUUGUUCACUGUGGUAUCCUUAAAUAGAUAGCUAUUCCAUUAAUUUCGAGUGAAGAAUGUCCGAUUGCUCUUUUUACCUCCUCAGGAAAGCAUUGAAAAAUUAGAAAAAGAAAGGGGCAAGAAAAAAGAUAUAAUCGAGGACAAAACGGUAAGUAAGUGAGCUCUAGCUAACGGAAUGAUUAACGGACAAACCUCUACGAACUAUAAGUGAACGAAUGAACCAAGAAAUAGACGAAUCGAUAACUUACAGGAAAAGCAUCGACUGAGGACAGAACGACCGACCGACAAACCAACCGGUUGAACAAACUUAACAACGAAUGAGUAAACGAAUAUGAUAGUGAACGGAGGGAAUGAAAAAAUGAAGAAUUAUGCGGACGAUGGAUUUCCGAGAUAUCAACGAACGAGGAACGACUUACCAGGCUGCCGAAUGACUGACCGACCGACUGAACAAAUACACCAACCAGAGCAGUUGACUAAUAUCAGUUUUUCCAACUUAAUGGCAGUAGGUAAUAUUUUAGAAGAGUAUUCCUUUGUUUGCUGGGCGGGCGGACGGCACGCCCUGAUCUACGCCAUUCCUCUUUUUCAUACCUUUUUUUUUUGCAGUGGUUGCAACUUUGGAAACAAUUUCUGAAACUUCACUGCAAGUGCUUUGUCAAACAGAAAUUCAGAACACGUGUCAUUUGUUAUUUUGUUAUUGUUUAUGUCUUUCAGCCAGUCUUCAAGGACGUGGAAGCUCAAUUCAAAGAACAGACUGAGGAGUUCGAAACAACGAAAAAAAGCAUAGUGGGUAAGAAAGUAGCCUGCGUGCAACUCCUCUUUCAAUUGUUGUUUGCGGGAAAAGGGUGCAACGAAAGAAACACGAGACGUCUGCGCGAAGGCUAGUGAGACUGCAGCUUCAUAUAACUGACUUCAAAGUCUGAUGCGAUAUUGUUACUGUGUCGCCCAGCCAUUAGCCUGCGAACGAAGACGUAUUUCCGGUCGGGUGGAGAGAUGAGUAACGACCGGAAAUACGUCUAGGUUCGCAAAUAUGUAAGAAACAAUGCCAUCCAAUCAGGAAAACUGGCAUCGUGGUCAAAACAGUCUAGAGCCCGUUUCAUAUUCCUUUUGUUGAAUAGAAGAGAAAUAUUUUGAAACAAAAUCAACCUCUGGGUGGCCUAGCCACCUUUUUGGUUUGUAUACACUGAGUACGCACAUCUUUAUACGUAAAGGAAAGAUUUACUGGUGGCGUUUACUGCUUCUUUUUGUUCGAUGAGCGGACUCUGGAGGUUGAUCAGUUGGUGCGUCUUUCGCAAGCGCCCGCGUACAAUCCGCUUUCGAUGAAAAUAAGAGUUUGAGCCAGGACGUCUCGAGUCUGCCAACGUAGUACGUUUUCACCUUUGAUCUUGGGGUGGGGUACUUUCUGAAAUAAACAAUUAUAUGUGUGCCUCCUUUGCGGGCUUGAUUUUACAGUGUUUUGGUUUUAAAAACGUGUCUUUUCCGGAAAUAAGCAUCGAUUGACGGGUUUGGUCUUACAUGUAGUUUUCUGGGUUUUAGGACUACAGUUAUUAGUUGCAUAUGAUUAGUUAUAAAGGAAAAAAGUAUAUAUUUUCACAAGGGAAUGAGGGUUAAACAUCCCACCCGUGAAUUGUUAGUUUUACAUUAUCCGGCCUUUGAAAAUGCAUCGUAAUACAGGGAUUUUAAAAAGGCAGUGUUUCUGUGUAUAUUGCAGACCUUAAAAACAAGAAGGCAAGUUUAGAAACAUCCGUGGAAAGGGCUCAGAGAGAUGUGGACAAGUUAGCAGAGCCACAGGUUGGUGAUAUUAAACUAACAACGCGCUUUGGGUAGUUGGGAUUAGAGCUUUUUUGGGCAGUGUCGUUAAUACUGCUGAUUGGUUUAGGCUAAGACAAAAAAGGCGUGUGUUUUAUUGCCCGCCAAUCGCAGCACAACCUGACAAUCCAAACAACCAAUCAAAUCUCGAAGCCAACACGUGUAGCUGAUACCAAACGCGGGAAAUCACGUGCUGACAAGUUACGGAUUGGGACGGGAGCACCCCUGCCUCCUCCCUUCGGGGGUGACUUCCGUAUGGAGGUUAUGGGGGUGCUUAUAAAAGAGACAAAUUAGGUGCAUGGCUAAGGUUUUAUUUGACCCGUCCUAAAAGUAAAACAGUAAAACAGGCAACUAAUUCCCGAAACUAAUUAUUGGAACUGUAGUGAGCUGUAGUACAGUGACAGCAUGACGGCGUUUUGUUAUUUUAUAUACAGCUAUUUCGAGAAAGGUUGUCGGAAAAAAUGUGGAAGCGGCAAUCCCGAAAGGUAACAUGGGAUCUGAUCAAUACACUGUUCCUAGACCUGACACUGUAGCUGUCGAACCUACUUUUAUUGCUUUUCUUUAGCACUCGCAAACAUACGUCCAUGGCCUGUCAUGCCAUUCUUUCAAAUUUUUUCGAAGAACAAUGAACCCAAAACCACCAACAAUACCCUUCGGGAUUGUCGCGUGCACUUUUUCCCACAACCUUUCUCGAAAUAGCUGUACUUAAUUAUUUCUUCACGCUCUGCUCUCAGCUGUGACUGUAUAGGUCAAAAUAUUAAUAUUAGCUUUCCGUCCCGAACGCUUUAAGUGAGACCAAAACCUGCAAUUAAACACCCCUAAGUGAAACGGCAAGCAUCCCCGUCUCUUUUUAUGGGAGUUCCCCCCGUCUCCCUCCCUUGGGAAUAGGAGCCGGUCCACACAAGUCCGUUUGUUAUCAUAUGCUUAGCACUGCUGACUACACCAUAACGAUGUCAAUGCGUUAACGAACUUAUCCACACUGAAAAUUGUUACGAAAAUAUCUUCUUGCUAUGAUCGUUAUGUCGUUCUUGUGUGGACAGGAGAGAUCAACGCGAAGAUUUGUGUUCGUUCACACAAUAAGCGGACUGUGUGACAUAGCUUAACUCAGUUGAUUUACCACACAUGGUACACAUAUCUAUUUCAAUUCCCUCGCCUUUAAUUUAUCCUCUGUUUUGUUAACAAAGUGUGGAUAUAUUGUGCGUAGAGACUUGACUUUUAUCGCUGCUUUACCAACAGACUCGGCUACACCUGAAGUUGCGUGAGAGGCGGGUAGAGGCUUUGGAUCAACUUAAGAACCAAUCAGAGGACAUAAAAAAGAUUGAAACUGCUAUUUUUUCUUCUGGUCAGCGGCUAGGAGCUGUUCUCAAAGAGAACCACAGGUUAGAGAUCAAAAUGUACUCUACUUUUGUAUAUUUUUUUCCUUGGAGAUUCCCCGUCGAAUAUUUGGGACAUAAAUGGCUUGAAUCUAUGGUUCUUCCAAAUUGUAUUUCACUUUCUCAUUUUGUUUCUUUUCUCUUUCAUGUUGGCUCAAGAUUCAAGCAGGUACGUUUACUGAUCAUGUUCCUUAAUUCAUUGCCUAAGUGUCUUGUAGCAGACAUGGUGAGAGUAUUCACUUAAUCUAUGUUGAAAAUAUUAUAGGCAGCGAACUUAACCCGGAGCCACGAACACCCUGAGAUUUCAACAAAUGUUGUCGAUGUUGAUUGGCUAGCGAACUCGCCAACUCAGACUCCUUUGUAAUGAACGUGGCCCUUGAAUGGCCGUGGCUGUUGGCUGGCACAUAAGCUGGCCCAGGUUGAGAUCGUUGCUCUGUAAGAGGUAGUAACAAGGGAUCUUAAGGAACCAUUAUGAACGUCAAAAAACAAUUCAGAGUGAGUGGUUUUAUUCGCAAAACAACAGCUCUGCACGUACAUCAAACUCUUUGGUACAUUUCUUUGACGUCCACUCACGACUACGGCGUGAUACUUCCUAAUGCGACGUUUCUCUUUUACAAAGGAGAACGGAAAUUUACUGCGUUUGCUGCUUAUUGUGUGUUUUUUCAGGCCAUUAGACAACUGGAAACAGAAAUUGAAACCACAAGGAAGGCGAUGAUUGCUAACGCUGGAACACAAGGCUCACUAGAGAAACGGCUGUUGGACUACAGGGGUAAUUUGAUUGAAAAAACUCUUUUAGCCCCGAUAUUCAGAUAUAAAUUCUCUAGACUGAUUUCCAUGACUGAUCAUUUCUUUAACUCUCCUAACCUUCUGUUUUGAUGAUGUAUUGAUGUUGUUUGGAGAAAAUUGAUGUUGGUCACUCUUGGGGCUGGACUAAAAAGGUUAAGAGGAGUAGUAUACAAAAAACCGAUGCAGUCCAACCUCGAUGUGCGACCACCUCUCAUCUCUGACUUUUCUUUCAGAAAUACUGCAGGAGAACUGGAAAGAGGAUCUUCUGCUUGAUAAGGUUGGUAUUAGAAGGAACAGCUCGUAAAGAUAUGCUCAGUCAAACCAAAAUACACAGUGUCAAUUAUAGAAUAUCCCACGAAGUAUUCUUAGUGUUUUUCGUAUUUCUUUUAACAGAUCAAUGCUGAGCGUGAUCUACAGAUGCUAGGCGACAUUGAAAGACUCCAAGGAGAAACUAGUGUGCGAGAAGAAAGGUGAGGAACAAACAGAGAUGUGAGAUAACGCGACUUGUGUGUCUAGUUAUGGGUGAACUUCUUUGACUACCUUCACUCGCCUCCUCGCGCGCUUACCUGUUUUAGGCCACGUCCACACAAAUCCGGAAAUUUUGAAACCUUAUAUUCUAUUUAACCGUUUUCGUGUGAACGGGGCCUUAAACCACUCUGGACACUCUUAAGAUGCGGUUUACGCGGUUCCAAAAAGAUCUGGAUUCGUAUGGACGAAACGUGCGUGAGUGGCUACUCGGGAUUCAUGUAAUUCUUUAAGGUUGUAACGAGCGACUCAGUCACGUAAUUCUCUGAGUUACUUACCUAUCUCGAUAUAUUUCUUGUUUUAUAUUACGAGGAAGCCAUUUAAUAGACUGUUCGGUGUCUUCUUUCAUUAGGAUUGAUGAAAUUCAUCAGCAACUUGAGGAGCAACUUUCAGUGCUGGCUCAUUUUAUCGAUGGUGUAGCCAACUUGAGACCAAAAGGUUUGUAUCACUACUUGUUUACCAUUUACAUGCAUGGGCAGACCUGUUCACGGUUUGGGCAAAUGGAAAGCAAAACUCAGGACUGGUAAAUUUCGUUUCGGAAUCGCGAUUAUCAUUUGUACAAAUCAGUUUCAUUUACCAAGAAACGGUCGCGAAGACGUAAAACUGGUGUAAACAUGGCUUUGAACAAAUGAAACACAAAUUUCCGUUUGGAAUAUUCCGUCCGGAAAACACAGGACUAUACCUUUUCAGAUGUUCAGUUGCUCCCGGAAAUUUCGAUCCCUCUGGAACGACCGUGCUCUCUAUACCAUUUACUUUCCAACGGGAUUUUCCGGAAACGUUUUGUAAAUGAUAAACAACCUCUGUUCCAAUUGUCCCACUUCAAUUCUCUGCUCGGCUGCGCCUUUCCUUUUCCCACCCUUCCUUGUCUUACCCUACCAUACUAUUUCUCCUCUUCACCCCCUGGCCUAUUUCGUAAGUAUUUUUAUUCAGGCACUAAGGUAUUUAGUCGAGAACGGACCCGGGGCCUGUUUCUCGAAUGUCCCGGUAACUUUUCGGGCCAGGAAAGCUGUGUGUGUUUGUUGUGUUUGCGUCCAAGAUCAAAGUUUCAAUAAUUUUGAAAAUAAUACAAUGAAACUAUCAGUUGACGAAGCAAAAUUGACCGGUAUGUGGGCUUGGAACUGUGCUGCUUUUCAGCAGGUUGUGAUUUUGAAAUUUGCCUUGGGGCCCGAAAAGUUUCCGGGUCUUCCGAGAAACGGGCCACCGGUCCCGAAUGAGAGCCUGGCAAAGACUAUGGUCUAUUGUUUCUGAUGAUGAUGAACUUAUCACUACGAACAAAUACAGUCCUAUGGCUAAGAUAUUGCUUCAAGUUUUACUGAACCCAUAAAGUACUGUAGCGUAAUUAGAAUAUUCGUUUUCGUUUACAGACACUGGUCAAUCCAGUCGGAAACCGCCUGAAGGUGAGAAUAUAAUUGAUAAUCGUGUUUGUUUUGGCGCCUUCCUUGUCCUGGAACUUAAUCACCCUCCCAUAAAUUUUAACAUUUUCAUCAAGCGGAAUUGUCGUACGCUUUUUUAUUACCUUGUAGUAUGCUUUUAGAGCUUCAGCUUUAUGCGAGUACAAGUUAGCACACACUUAAGAAUCAAACUAUGCACGUUUUGCCUAAAUUCGGCAAUGUUUAAAGUAACUUGCACCGGUCAAGAACAAUCUCAUGACAUGACGUUCACUACAUAGCUGGUUUCGCGAGGGUUCAAGAUAAAACAGAUCCUGUGUUGUUGUUGUUUUUUUUUUCUGUUAUUAUUAUUGGCUGCACUAGCAGGCAACGCGAGCCUGUCUUUCCUGUUCGCCAACACCCACUUUGUCCUGCAAAAAAGUGUUGUUUUUUUUUGCCCAUAUACAGUCGAAGCUCUCCUUACGACCACUCUUGUAGGCGACCAGCUGUAAUAACGACCUCCUUUGGGAAACCCCGUUUGAACUGCAACUUAAACUUUGUAAUGAAAAGCUCUCGUAAGCGAUCACUUAUAGUCUUUAUUUAAAUCAAUAAUGAAACUGCCCACUGUGCUUAAUGGUACGUCAAUAAAGAUCUUGUACAGCACAGUAUAUUUUUUGUAAAAGUUCAAGGUCCAAAAAGUUGGACGUAAAGUUUAGCUGUGUCAAUAUCAGAUAUAAAGACACUCAUUACACAUUAUAAAGUUCUUUUGUGUUUUUAUUGAGUGUUUGAAACUCGCGUAAGCGACCACCCUUUAUUGUUUUACCAUGCGAGCGCUUACGAGAGCUCAUUCUCUUAUGCCACCAGCUCAAGUUACCACCAGUUUUUUGAAUUUCCGAGGUGGUUGCUUACGAGGGCUUCGACUGUACCAGAAUUACUCGCCGAAGAGAACGAGAACGAAUUUCAUUCCGCUAUUACUCUUUUCCCUAACCCUGCUUCUUCUCUCCACCCAACCGAAAAUAUGUCUGCGUUCGCAGGCUACCUUCCCUUAAAGACAAACGCAAUUAAGACGGAGAUAUUCCAUCAUACACAGUUUCAUGUAACAUACCAAGGUAAUAUUUUACCUCGCUGGUUAAGACGUGUAUAGUCCUUUAGUAAUCAUGACUUUUGUCUACUUUCAGAUAACAGAAAGACAAAAUCAAGCAUAGCGACGAACCGCUCACCUCCACUGUCACCCAAACCUCCAAAGUCACCGACGCGCAGAAAAUCCACUAGCGAUGUUACGAAGGAUUGA